AUUUGACUUCUUGGAAUGUUCAACGGCAAGGAAGUCAUAAAAUUUUAUCUCAUACCUCGAACUGCGUAAUAUCAUAUAAUCUCUUCUCCGACGCAAGUAAACUCUCUUCUUCAAUCUAUACUACUAUACUGCCAAGAAAAUAAAAUAGAGACUUGAUCACCAGGAGGAGCAAUCAUGAGUGACGAUUCCAUGAUUAAUCCAGAGCUUGUAAUUGAUCACAAAUUCCCAGAGACGACAUACACCUAUAAUGAAAGAGAUGUUGCAGUAUACGCCCUAGGAAUUGGAGCAUGUAGCACAGAUGCUUUAGAUGAUAAGGAGCUCAAAUAUGUUUACCAUGAAGAUGGGCAACAAUCCAUUCAGGUGCUUCCAACUUUUGCAGCAAUCUUUUCCAUUGGACUUAUUAAUAACCUAGAGCAGUUGCCAGGAUUUAUGUUUGAUCCACGCCUUCUUUUACAUGGUCAGCAAUAUAUUGAGAUCUGCAAGCCUUUACCUUCUAAUUGUUCAAUGCGGAACAAGGCGAGCAUUGUAGGAUUGCAUGAUAAAGGUAAAGCUGCAAUUCUUGAGUUUGAAGUUUUGAGUUAUGAAAAAGAGACUGGUGAACUACUAAGCAUGAAUAGAACAACGGUUUAUUUAAGGGGUGCUGGUGGAUUCUCAAAAUCAUCUCCACCAUAUUCAUUUUCUAAGUAUCCAAAGGAUCAAACAGCUUCAAAAACUCCAAAGACUCCACCUUUUGUAGUACAUGAGGAACGUAUUCAACCAUCACAGGCAUUGCUUUACAGGCUCUCUGGUGAUUACAACCCUUUGCAUGCAGAUCCUAAUAUUGCAGAAGUAGCAGGGUUUUCACGCCCUAUUCUUCAUGGACUCUGCACAAUGGGGUUUACUGUGAGGGCUAUUAUUAGAACCAUUUGCAAUGGAGAUGCAAGCCUUGUGAAAGCCAUUUCAGGCCGAUUUCUGUUGCAUGUUUACCCUGGUGAAACAUUGAUCAUUGAAAUGUGGCCUCAAGGAUCCAGAGUUUUAUAUCAGACAAAGGUUAAAGAAAGAAACAGAGCAGUGCUUUCUGGAUUUGUUGACCUCAAUCGUUCAAGAACUUCAUCUCUGUGAGUUUUAUAUCAGACAAAAGUCAAGGCAAGUAUCUUUUUGUUUUUCUGUGUAAGAAAUGUAAUAGAAGCUUGAAAUUCUUGUGUUCUGCAUUUAUUAAUAAUUAUACUGUUUGUCUGUUGUUAGAAUUUAAGGUUCUGAAGUUAAAUAUGAUCCAAUAAGAAAUCUCUACAUUUGUUUA